ACUACAAUGGAAGCUAAUUAUCACCAACAACAAGAUAACAACAAAAACAACAACAACAAUACUAGUAGUAUAUGUAGUGGUAGGCAAAGUAGUAGUACAAGGUGGACACCCACAAGUGACCAAAUAAGGAUCCUUAAAGAAUACUACUACAACAAUGGAAUCAGAUCACCAAGUGCUGAUCAGAUCCAAAGAAUCGCUGCUCAACUCAGGCAGUACGGCAAGAUUGAAGGCAAGAAUGUGUUUUAUUGGUUUCAGAACCAUAAAGCUCGUGAAAGGCAGAAAAAAAGGUUCAUUCCUGUUGCUGCUCCACCACCUCCAUCUCAUCACUUUUCCGAUCAUAUCAGCCACCAUCAUCUGCCCACUGCCACCGCCAUGCCAAUUCACUACCACCAGUACUACCACCAUCAAGAACCACCACCACCUUCUUCCCAUGUUUAUGGCCACCCACAUACGCUCUACACUACACAUCACAUUGGGGUUGGUUCUUCUUCUUCACAAGGAGUGAUGUCUGUUGGAUGUGGCUAUGGAUCUGUUGCCAUGGAGAAGAGUUUCAGGGAGUGUUCAAUAUCACCUCCAGGAGAGAAAAGGGGGCGGAAUUUCGGAUCAAGAAGGGUGGGUGUCGAUUCGUUUUCGUUCUUUGACAAACUAAAUAAGCCAACAACAUAUCAUCAUCAAGCUGAUCAUCAAGAAUUAUUAGGGGGGGAGGAUGCUGUUGUUACUUCAACUGAUCAUGAUGAUCAGAUUGAAACACUUCCUUUGUUUCCUAUUCAUGGUACUACUAACACCCACCAUGAUUUCUUUGGUAUGAAAACAUCGGAUCAUCACAGCAAUAAUGGAGGUUACUAUACUACUGGAGGAGGAAACUGGUAUCGGUCUGAUGGUCGGGCUUCCCUUGAGCUCAGUCUCAACUCUUAUGAUUACUAUAACUGA